AUGAUGAUUAAACUUCUUAUAACUUUUAUGUUAUGUUUUAUAAACAUAACUUUUGGUUUUUAUUUACCAGGUGUGGCACCAACAAAUUAUAAAAAAGGUGAUCCAAUUCCAUUAUAUGUUAAUCAUUUAACUCCUUCAUUACAUCAUUCAUCAAGUCAUGGAAAGAUAUCAAGUGCUACUUAUGUUUAUUCCUAUGAUUAUUAUUAUCCAAAAUUCCAUUUCUGUCCACCUAAAGGAGGACCUAAGAAACAACUGGAAUCAUUAGGAUCAAUUAUUUUUGGAGAUCGUAUAUUCAAUUCACCAUUUGAAAUUAAGAUGUUGGAAUCUAAAAUUUGUUCAAAAUUAUGUAAUUCAAAAUAUAGUAAAACUGAUUCCGUUUUUGUUAAUAGAAAUAUUAAAGCUGGUUAUAAUCAUAAUUGGAUAAUUGAUGGAUUACCAGCUUCAAUGCCAAUUUUGGAUGCUUCUACUAAUACUGAAGUUUAUGGUACUGGAUUUAAGAUUGGUCAAGUUGAUAAUAAAAAUUUUGCUAAUUUAUUUAAUCAUUUUGAAAUUGUUAUUGAAUAUCAUAAGAGAAAAGAUGAUGAAUUUAGAGUUGUUGGAGUUACUGUCACUCCUCAUUCUUUAGAUAGAUCAGAACUUAAUCAAGAAGAAGCUACUGAUGAUCAAUUGUGUAAUUUGGAAUUGAAACCAGUUCAAUUGAAUAAAAGUAAAGAUUCCGAAGUUUUAUUUACUUAUAGUGUUAAAUUUGAACAAAGUGAUGUUGCUUGGGCUACUAGAUGGGAUAAGUAUUUACAUGUUUAUAAUCCAAAGAUUCAAUGGUUUUCAUUAAUUAAUUUUUCAUUAAUUGUUUUAAUUUUGGGUAUUAUUAUUGCUCAUAUUUUAGUUAAAACAUUGAAAAAUGAUAUUGUUAAAUAUAAUGAAGUUAACUUGGAUGAUGAUAUUUCUGAUGAAAGUGGAUGGAAAUUAAUUCAUGGUGAUGUUUUCAGACCUCCAAAACAAAGAUUAUUAUUGAGUGUUUUAGUUGGUAGUGGGGUUCAAGUUUUCAUUAUGGCAUUUGUUACUAUUGUAUUUGCAUUAUUUGGACUUCUUUCACCAUCAAAUAGAGGUUCAUUAUCCACUUUUAUGUUUAUUAUUUAUAUUGGUAGUUCAAUUAUUUCAUCGUUUAUUUCUGGUUAUUUAUAUCGAUUCCUUGGUGGAGAUAAUUGGAAGUUAAAUAUGUUGUUGACACCAAUUUUAGUUCCUGGAUUAUUAUUUACAGUAUUUGUAUUUUUGAAUUUCUUUUUAAUUAGUGUUCAAUCAUCAGGAGCUAUUCCAAUGGGUACUAUGAUUGCAAUUAUUGUUAUUUGGUUUGUUAUUUCAAUUCCAUUAUCAGUUAUUGGAUCAAUUUUAGCAUCUAAAAAACCCCUUUUAACAGUUCCAGUAAGAACAAAUCAAAUUCCAAGACAAAUUCCACCUCAACCAUGGUAUUUAAGAACUAUUCCAGUAAUGUUAAUUUCUGGUAUUUUCCCAUUUGGAUCAAUUGCAGUUGAAAUGUAUUUUAUUUAUUCUUCAAUUUGGUUUAAUAAGAUUUUUUAUAUGUUUGGAUUUUUAUUCUUUUGUUUCUUGUUGAUGAUUUUAACUACAAGUUUAAUUACUGUAUUGAUGACUUAUUAUUCAUUAUGUUCAGAAAAUUAUAAAUGGCAAUGGAAAUCAAUUUUCAUUGGUGGUGGUUGUUCAAUUUAUGUUUUAGUUCAUUCUUUCUUUUUAACUAAUGGUGAAAAAUUUGGUGGUUUUAGUUCAUUAGUUUUAUAUUCUGGUUAUUCAACUAUUAUUUCAUUAUUAGUCUUCCUUUGUUGUGGUUCAGUUGGUUUUAUUAGUAGUUUAAUCUUUGUUAGAUUAAUCUAUGGACAAAUUAAAAUCGAUUAA